AUGCUGGCAGUGGGUCGACAGCCAGUGGUGGUUCACAUUGAGGCUUCUGCUCUGAGUUUUGCACAAUAUGACGGGACCUUCAAGUACCAGGAUCCUAGUUGCUACACCGGCAGACUGAACCAUGUUGUACUCGUUAUCGGAUACUUCAUCUUGAGAAAUGACGGCAGCCAAAAUCGCAUAGCGCCUCCAUUUUGGAUCAUCCGCAACUCGUGGGGAGUGGAGUGGGGUGACCGGGGCCACAUGCGCAUGGACAUUCAGGGAGGGGAUGGCGUGUGUGGCAUCAACGUGCUGCCUGGCAUCUACCCCAUUGUCAAGAUGGAUGUGUGUGGGUCUGACUUGAAAAACCCAUGCUACGUGGGCGCUUGCAUCAACGACGGCAAGGGCUCCUACUCCUGCAUCUGCCCCCCCAACUACGGCGACACAUGCUGGUCCAUCAGUGCACAGCUGUUCCUCACCACCAGCAACCUCACGGCACUCAAUCUCGGCCUUGACUACUCUGAGCCCAUCAAGGCGGGCCGCUCUCUGUGCGUCGAGCGCAACGCCACCUUCGCCUUCACUGUGCCUCGGUGCCUACGUUACGGCGUGCUUACAGCACAAGACACGUGUGAACGCCUGCUGCUGGAGGCGGGGAGUGAGGACGACCCAACGGGGGCUGGGAACGUGAACGCUGUGCGCUGGGCUGAGCUGUACCGCAACAAUCCCGGCCUCAUCUGCUCGAGUGUCAUCCCGGUCUCCGCCUCUGCUGUUGGCAGCAACACUGGCGUGCAGGUGAGAGGUGGAGGUGAACUGGGUUGGGGGCGCAAGAGAUGGGAGGGAAAUGGAGGGAAGAUUGGUGGAUGGACUAAACGUAUACUUGAUGGAUGUUGGGGCAAGGAGUCAUUUCUCAUAUGCCAGCGUGGUGUUUUUUCCAACUAUUUGCCCUUGAUUGCCCGUUGA